AUAUUUUGAGCAGCAAGCAUCAUGACCAGCUGAUAUUUUCUUUCCUCAGGACCAGCUGUUCCUGGCACUGAGGAGUGCCUGACUGGAGCCACAUGAUCUUAUCAACACAUUUGAGAAUUGUACCGAAACACUGACAAACACUCUGGUGCAGCAAUGACUGUCAUAGAGGAAAAUCGCCCUUUUGCCCAGCAACUAUCCAAUGUCUACUUUACUAUACUUUCACUUUUUUGUUUUAAACUUUUUGUGAAAAUCAGCCUUGCCAUCCUCAGUCACUUCUACAUUGUAAAAGGGAACCGUAAAGAGGCAGCAAGGAUAGCUGAUGAAUUUUAUGGAAUUCCUCAAGGGCAAGGUUCUUGGGCAGAUCGUUCACCACUGCAUGAGGCAGCUAGUCAAGGACGUCUCCUUUCUCUAAAAACUUUACUGUCACAGGGUUACAAUGUGGAUUCUCUGACAAUUGACCAAGUCACUCCACUGCAUGAAGCCUGCCUGGGAGAUCAUGUAGGGUGUGCAAGAAUCCUUCUUGAAGCAGGGGCAAAUGUAAACGCUACAACAAUUGAUGGAGUGACCCCGUUAUUUAAUGCAUGUUCAAGAGGUAGUGCGUCUUGUGCAGAGCUUUUGUUGGAGUACGGUGCCAAAGCUCAGUGGGAGUCAUGUCUCCCUUCACCGACUCACGAAGCAGCCAGUAGAGGUCACAGCGAAUGUCUGGAAGUGCUGAUCUCCUGGGGCAUAGAUGUUGACCAAGACAUUCCUCAUCUGGGAACAUCUCUAUAUGUAGCUUGUGUUUCACAGCAGAUCCAUUGCAUUCGAAAACUCCUUUAUGCAGGAGCUAAUGUACAGAAAGGAAAGUAUUUGGACACUCCACUACAUGCAGCGGCUCAGCAACCCAGUACAGAGAUAGUAAAUUUGCUUCUUGAAUUUGGGGCAGACAUUAAUGCCAAGAAUACAGAUUUUGAACGGCCCAUAGAUUUAGCUGCCCCAAGCAGUUUGGUGGAGAGAAUGUUGCUUCUGCAUGAAGCUACUCCAUGCUCUCUUUGCCAACUCUGCCGACUAUGUAUCCGAAAUUGCAUAGGAAGAGCAAGACUGCAUCUUAUCCCCCAACUUCAGUUGCCAACAAUAUUGAAGGAUUUUUUACGGUAUAGAUAAAAUUUAGAAACUUGAACAAGUACUGUUUUGUCUGUAUACCGAAUGUUCCACAGGAAGAAUUUCUGGGGAAAUAGUCUUUUACAUAUUACCAUACUAAGUCUUUGACACCAGGAGUCAUGAUGUAACAAUAUUUGGGAGCCCUUGAACGACUCGGUGCCAACAUGCUAAUACAACUGAGUAAAAUGAAGUGUGCUAAUACUCUGGGAAAUGAUUGUAUAGCUAGCUUUAGCUUAACACUUACUAAUUAGCUAUUUUGCUGAUAAAGUUAAUUAAUUGUAUUUGUACGUUAUAAUCUGUUUGAUACAUCUGAAACCCCACAGAGUUCCUUUACAAGUAUUGUUGAGUUUGUCAGUUUGGAUUUAUUAUUGUAUAUUUGUAAAUGUCUGUUAUUUGUGCCUAGAAAUACAUGGCAAUAGGUGCACUCUAUAAGUUGGAAAAAUAAACAGGUCUCUCAAUUUUUCUUUCUUGCUUUUCCUAUAUAGGCAAUUUAUAAAUGACAACUGAUGAGAACUCAUUUCAACCCCUCCUUCCCUUUCCCCCGCACACAGUUCUAGAACUGGCUUACACAAUAUUCAAAAAUAUGGACAGGUGAGGUGGUUUCCCCCUUCCUCUCCAACACCACUUCCACAGUUAAUUGGAGACCCAGAAGCCAUAUUUUUUGGCUUAUCCCUGAAAAGGAAACAUAAAAUGUCUUCACAUCAACACCACUGUUGCCUGACCUUGAUCCUACCAUUGGCUCCCCUGCUAAUACCUUGAACCCUUACUCAUAUAAAGGGCACCCUAAACCAGCAGUGUGCCCUGCCUCUUGCAGGAGAUGGUGAGCAAUCUGACUUUUCUGCAUGUACCAUUUCCAGUAUGCCAUAAGAGCCAUCUAUUCUGGACAGCGGGCAAACUCAUCUCCUUCAUAAUCAAUUGUUUCAGUCAAUGUUUCAGUCACUGGCUUCAUCGUGGCAUUGAACUUCUAAGAAGCUGGUUUGAUGCCAAUGGUCCUCUGUGAAGACCCAGUGGCUAGUAUGCCCAAGGUUGUGGUAACCUUGAUAAUAAAACUUCUGUAUGUCAUCUUCACUAAUCACAAAAGCAUAUAAUGGUUUGUGGUUGAGCCUGCAUUUCAGUCAGGUAAUUGUAAGUUUUCCUGGGCUCAGAGGGAACAUGGAUGGAAUUGGAAACUUUGGGGCAAGCUUGGCUCUCCUCCUCCUCCUUCUCAAGAUAUACCAUCCUAGCAUGGUCAGAUGUUGUGUUCCCUCAUUUGUCUCAAGAUAUACCAUCUCCCUUAUCUCCCCACUCUCCCUGCUAGUCUCCUAUUUCCUCUGUCCCAACCCUUCUCCCCAAUGCCCUUAUAACAACUGUUGCUCAGUCGCUAUCUUGCGGGCUUGCUCUCUAAUAGUGCAUCCGAUGAAGUGAGCUGUAGCUCACGAAAGCUUAUGCUCAAAUAAAUUUGUUAGUCUCUAAGGUGCCACAAAUACUCCUUUUCUUUUGUGAAUACAGACUAACACGGCUGCCAAUAGAAACCAAUAGAAUCACUCUCACUCAUACUCUCCUGCGUGUUUGAUUUUUUAAUCAGAAUGGACUGAUGAUCCCAGGUUUGCAGAACAAAGGAAUGGCUAGACUACUGAAUGGUAAAAACUGCACCUGCUAACUUAGUCAAGCCUGUGGCUUUUGAAAAUCUUGACUGAGCAGCUGGCUCCUUAACUGUGUCCUGAUACUAUCCUCUUGUAUUAAUCAGGGAAUUUGGGCCUGACUAGCAAGCUGUUCUGAAAAUCCAAGUCCUGACUAGGCAACAGUCACUUGCCCUAUGCAACCUAUUGAAAAUUUUGGCAUAAAUCUUUAUAGAAAGUGAAAACACCUAAUCUUAAUAUAAAAUAUUGAUAUUACAUUGUAAUAAUGAAACAAAAGCACCACACAAAGUGUUCUCUAAAUCUCUUGGAUUAAUCAUACUUUAGUAUUUUAAAUUUAAUAAAUUAUACAGAGAUGGGCCCCAUUUGUAAAGGAGAAACAAAAUGAUUCCUUCUACAAAAAGUCAUUUUUCAAUUUGGAUGCCUGUUUGUUUGAAUAUCUCUUUGCUCUUCAUGGUGUCAAGUAUCAGGGGGUAGCUGUGUUAGUCUGUAUCCACAAAAACAACAAGGUGCCGCCUUUAACACCUUUAAGGUGUUAACCUUAAGGUGUAACACCUUUAAGGUGCCACCGGACUCCUUGUUGUCUUUGCUCUUCGACAUUCAGACUGUGUCUACAGUACACGGAAUGAAUCACAGAAAAACAUCAUAACACAUUAAUUCAUAAGAUGGUAAAACAUUUUUGUUUUACGUAUUAUAUUAAAAUUAAUCAGUGAGAGGGGUAAAAUUUUUGAAAGCAGCCAAGAGAAAUAGGCUCCUUGCUGCAUGUGAAAGUUUUAUCCUAGGACACUUUAAAAUGUUUUAAUUUCAUUGUUUCUACUAACUUAAACCAAAGCACUUAACCUCAUCCAAUUAAUACAAAAUUCCAAUUCUGAGGAAGAUUCAAAGGCAGGCUAGCCACAAGAAUAAACUAUGUUUUGGUAAAAAUUCGAAAGCCAUUCCACAUAGGGUUCAUCUCCACUCAGGCUUUUCCUUCUCACCCAUGAAGCUGUCUGAUUAUCUUUGCCUUGUCCCUGUAACCUGACAUGAUAGCAUAUUUGAUACAUAUGGUAUGAAAGGGAAAAAAACCCACCAUCCCCAACAUCUGUUCUGAAUUUAUAUUUUUUGAAUUGCCAUUUAUGCUCCCUUAUCACAUCAUCUCUUUUGGGAUGAAAAUACAGCUGUUCCUCAAAGGAACACUAUAGUCUGGAUCCCCAAAAAGAAAAACAUGAUGAGUGCUGUACCCCCUUCCUAUUGUCUUUUUGAAGUUUCUGUUUGGAUUAAAUAGACAAGAGGAAUGUUGCUUUCCUCUUAUCAAAAGCUUCUGCCCAUUCAGUUCUGAAGUUGUUCCCAAUCAUAGUGUUAUUUUUAAUCUGUAUUCCUUUAUAGGGAAAUUCUUUGCUAUGGGCUUCUGGAAUCCAUCCCCUAUAUCGGCACUGCUUUUCUCUUCAAAACUAGAUAAACUAGCCUCUUAGGCUUCAAAUCUGCCAUGGAUUACAUGGAAUAUAAUUCAGAUUUUCAUGUAAUUUAAAAAAGUGACAGUAAACAUGCAUUGUUCUGUGCAGAUUGCUAUGUGCAACUCAUGUCAGGUUACAUUUAGACAAAGAACCAUCCCAUCCUUGAAAAGAAGUGAAAACAGUUACAUAAGCAUGUUGUACAUGUCAGCAGCUCUGGAUUUACAAGAUUAUACUCCCUUGGUUUACACAAUGCCAAAGGUGUCCUAUUUUCUCAGAAAAAAGGCAAGCAAACAAUUCAAAACAUAGCUUAUCAUGCUGAGCACUAUUGCCUCAUUGUUUCCUUGUUCUCCAGCACUUGUGGUCUGUAGCCAUCUGUUGUCUCUUGUCUUAAAUGUAGAUUGUAAUCCUCGGGGCAGAGAUUGUCAUUUUUGUUUUGUGUUUGUACAGUCUCUAGCCCAGUGGAGUCCUAGUCAAUAGCUAGGGCUCAGAGGCACUAUAAAAAUACAAAUAAAUAAUAAUAAUAACCAUGAUCAU